AUGGCAGGUGUCACCAGCUUGCCGGCACAACAUCUCAGAAUGCAUUCCAGCCACUUGGAGGUCUUGACCUACGAAGGGGGCUUCCAUGCGGAAACUUUCAUGCAAUGGGAGUGGGACGACUAUCUCAUGCGCACGGCGGCCCAGGGAGCUUUUGUCAACAAGGCCUCGAGCUACGACCUCGGCUUUAAAGCAGAGCUUGUCUCCAA